CAAAAAAACGAAAACAAAACCCCCUCUCCGUAGCCUCCACACUUGUCUCCGUCUCUCAAGAUCUCCCAAAUCCCCAACCUCUGGGUUCAAACGGAAUCCCCAUCCAAGAAGAUUGUUCUCCAUCUUGUUCUUUGUUCUAGUGAGGAAGAAGGAUUGGAGGGUUGAAACCCAGGGUUUGAGGCGUUGCAGGCAUCACGGCUGUUCAAAGAGUAUAUCGCCCCUUAACUCAUGUCCGCUCUCUACGACGCAAGGGUUGCCUAACUGCCUCCAACCCUUCGCCGCACGGCGGACGUGGCGCUUUGCCUUCUGAAGGCGGCAGCCCCUCUGACCUCCUCUUCCUCGCCGGCGGUGGCCACAACAUCCUCUCUUCCCUCUUCGUUUAGUGUCGUAGUAGCUCUCCAAUUAGUAAUCUCUUCUUCCUUUCCGCAAAGCAAGAAAAAAUAAUAAAGAUCUCCUAUUUUCGAUCGGUAAUUGGGAUUAGGGUUGUGAUUUGGGGGUUUAGGGUAAGAGAAAGGGUAAAGAUGUUGAGCAUUAAGAGAGUUGCUACCCUGGUUUCGAAUUUUCAGAAAGAGGAGGUUGGGGUGGCUGCUCCACCUUCUGAAGGAUGUGGCCGGAAUUGCCUCAAGAGCUGUUGCAUUCAAGCGGCGAAGCUCCCUUUGUAUGCUUUUAAAGAGGUUGAGAAGGUUGGUGGAAAGGACUUGCCACUAUGCAAAGAUCAAUCUGUGGCUUUUUUGGACUCGCUCAUUCUUGGGGAGUGGGAAGAUCGGAUGCAGAGAGGGCUUUUUCGCUAUGAUGUUACUGCCUGCGAAACUAAGGUGAUUCCGGGUGAGUAUGGUUUUAUUGCCCAGCUGAAUGAAGGCCGCCACCUCAAGAAGCGACCUACUGAGUUCCAAGUUGAUAAGGUCCUCCAACCUUUUGAUGAGAGCAAAUUCAACUUCACCAAAAUUGGGCAGGAAGAGGUCCUGUUUCAAUUCGAAGCAAGCAGUGAUGCCGAAGUCCAAUUCUUUCCCAAUGCGCCAAUUGAUGUUGAGAACUCUCCUAGUGUUGUUGCCAUCAAUGUCAGUCCUAUAGAAUACGGGCAUGUUCUGCUAAUUCCUCGCAUUUUUGAGUGUUUUCCCCAAAGGAUUGAUCAUGCCAGCUUUCUGCUUGCACUCCACAUGGCAGUAGAAGCAGGAAAUCCAUACUUUCGAUUAGGUUACAACAGCCUAGGUGCAUUUGCGACUAUUAACCAUCUUCAUUUCCAGGCUUAUUAUCUGGCUGUGCCUUUCCCCAUUGAGAAGGCCCCUACUAAGAAAAUUGCCAAACUAAAUCGGGGUGUGAAGAUUUCAAAAUUGUUGAACUACCCCAUCCGAGGCCUUGUGUUUGAGGGUGGUCAUUUGCUCAAAGAUUUAGCAAACACUGUGUCAGAUGCAUGCAUCUGUCUUCAACACAAUAACAUACCUUACAAUAUUCUUAUUUCUGAUUGUGGUAGACAAGUCUUCCUCUUACCACAGUGUUAUGCUGAGAAACAAGCUCUUGGAGAAGCGAGUGCCGAGCUUCUCGACACUCAAGUCAACCCUGCUGUGUGGGAAAUCAGUGGGCACAUGGUGUUGAAGAGGAGGAAGGACUAUGAAGAGGCAUCUGAAGCCAAUGCUUGGCGGCUUCUUGCUGAAGUCUCGCUCUCUGAAGAGAGGUUUCAAGAAGUCAGUUGUCUCAUUUUUCAAGCCAUGACAUCCAGCGAGCUCGAGGUCAAAUGCCAAUGUGUAGAGGAAGCUGGCUCCAGUCCUUCCCCUGCAAUGGUGGCUGGUUCACAAGAGUGUCUUGUUCUCCAGUAACAAUGCUCUUGAUGAACAAAUCUAAUAUUGAUUCUCCAGUAUAAUACUCCAUAGUAUGAUGUAUCAGUUCAAACCAGUACCAUCUAUGGUGGUGGUUAAUAAAGGUUGGAAAUAUGUCCUGUGCUUUUAAAGGACCUGAAAAAUAAUGUGGCUUGUAUUGGUUUGAUGCUGUGUUUCCUUGCUUGGUUAUAUACUUGUUCUAUGUAAUGAUGUGAUGCAACUAUGCAAUAAGUGGUUGACCUGCCACUUCCUUUCUGUUAUGUGAACUUAUGUGCAAAAUUACGGUUGGUAUCUCUAUUGUUUUUGGCUGAAACUGAUUGCUUUAGGUGAUUAGGAAGGUGGAAAACGUGGAUAUAGUGUGUAAAAACUAAAAAGGUGUUUCCCAUUAUAAUAAAGGUGAUUUCAUGGAUGAA